CCAGCUUCACAACACGUUGACCGUUCCUCGAUGACACCUUUACGUUCUCUGUACUGAUAGUUCUCGUUUCCUUUUCGACUUACUGUAUUAUCGACCCUUUGUUGGCCCCAAUUGCGACGCACGAGCCUUCUCAUGACUGAGACAUAAAUCUCCUGUCAUCAUGGAAAAAGCUACUCUGGAUACCGACGCGACUAUCAAAGCUGAUCACGAUCUCUCAUCUGAGUCGUCCAAAAUGGAUGAUGGGAAUGAGAAAGAGCAUUCUGAUGCGGUGAUCACUAAAGCUGAGGAAGAUGACCCUACCACGGACUAUUCGAGCAAAGCAGCAAAUAAGACAUCCAUGAAGGACUACCUUCGGAUAUUUACGUAUUCUACUUUCUGGGACAGGGUGUUACUUGCCGUUGCCAGUGCUGCGGAGAUUGCUACAGGAGUGACUCUUCCUUUAAUGAAUAUAAUCUUUGGUAAUCUCGUUGGCAGUUUCAGUACCUUAUACAUCGUGUAUAUCUUCAUUGCAAGAUGGGUUUUCAGCUACAUUUCAAUCUUUGCCUUCAGAAUGGUAGGACUUCGAUGCUCUGCAAGACUCAGGCUGGACUUCCUGAAGGCACUAUUUGCUCUACCAGUUUCAACACUUGAUACACUUCCAAGUGGUCAAGCCUCAAACACUCUAACAAAUACGGCCAAUGUUCUACAGAUAGGUAUAUCUGAGAAACUUGGAACCGUUCUACAGUUCUCUACCUUGAUGAUCGCUUCGGUUGCCAUUGCCUUCAAAUACAGCUGGCAAUUGACACUUGUCACAAGUUCCGUGCUAAUCUUCGUUGGACUCGUAUAUGGAACAGUCAUACCUAUUGUUGUCAAGUUGACUAAAGAAGUCGACCAUGCUGAUGCAAAGGCGGCCUCAAUUGCUGGCGAAGUUCUUGGAUCGAUCCGAAUGGUUGUGGCAUGUGGUGCCGAAGGUAGAAUUGCGAAAAGGUACGCUGGGUGGAUUCAGGAAUCGAAUAGGAGAGGCAUAAAGAAAUCACCGGCUCUUGGGAUACAAUUUGCCCCUUUGUUCUUCUCUGUCUAUGCUACGAUGGCUCUGGCAUUUUGGUUUGGCUUCAAGCUCUAUCUUGAACAUCAUAUCAAAAACGUUGGAUCUAUUGUCAUCGUACUCAUGUCUGUCAUGAUGAUCGCGUUCAGUCUUUCUCAAACUGCUGCCCCUAUCAUUGCAAUUUCGCAAGCUGCAGGUGCAGCAGCAGAUUUCUUCGCCGUUAUCGAUGCACCGAAGCCGGACAUUACAGGUCUGAAAGACCCUGAUGUUUCGGCGGUUUCAGAGAUCGUCUUCGACGGCAUAACUUUUGCUUAUCCCAGUAGACCCCAUGUGAAGGUUCUAGAUAAUCUCAAUCUUCGAUUCGAGCCAGGCAAGAUCACAGCGAUCGUUGGUGCUUCCGGUUCUGGUAAAAGUACAAUUGUCGGUCUUCUUGAGCGCUGGUACGAACUCGAUGUCGAGAAACGAUACGUCUUGCCUGAAAGCGUCGUCAAAGACAAGAAGAAGACAGAAGAACAGAUCGAAAAGGAAGAAGAGGAGAAGAAGCUACAGGCUUUGGAAAGGCCCAAGACACCAAUUGCCCUUAGUGGCUCCAUUCUAAUUGGGGGUCAAAACCUAGAUGGUAUUGAUUUGAAGUGGUGGAGAAGUCAAAUCGGCCUCGUUCAGCAAGAGCCAUUUGUUUUUAACGAUACCAUUUUCAAUAACGUCGAAUUUGGCCUCAUUGGAUCUCCUUGGGAACACGCGGACGCCGAGACAAAAAAGAAGCUUGUCCAAGAAGCUUGCAAGGAGGCUUACGCAGAUGAAUAUAUCUCCAGAUUACCUUUGGGUUACGAAACACAAGUUGGAGAUGCUGGCAUAAAGCUUUCUGGUGGACAACGACAACGUCUUGCUAUUGCUCGCUCGAUUGUCAAGCGACCCAAGAUUCUGAUUCUAGACGAAGCGACGAGCGCGAUCGACGUACGUGGAGAGCGAUUAGUCCAGGCAGCCUUGGACAAAGUGAGCGAGGGACGUACCACGAUCACAAUUGCCCACAGACUUUCAACCAUCAAGAAGGCAGACAAGAUCAUCGUCCUUCGUAAAGGAAAACUGAUCGAGGAGGGAACUCACAAUAGCCUCCUAGCAGACGAAGAUGGGGCAUACUAUGCAUUGGUUAAUGCUCAGAAGCUUACCAUGGGCGACGAUUUCGCAGGAGAAUCGGACUUGAACGAAGACUCUGUGGACAAUAUACAGCGAAUACUAAGCACCGCAAGUGGGAAAGACAAGCACAUUGAAGUGACUACAACCUACAAGCCCAAGGGCUUCCUUGGAAGUUUCGGGCUUCUGUUACGGGAGCAGACAAGGCUGUGGCCUUGGUAUCUGGUGCUAGCGAUUGGCUGUGCUGGAGGUGGUCAAGCCUAUGCCGUUCAAGCCUAUAUCUUCAGUAAUCUUAUCAACGUCAUUACCUAUACCGGCUCGGCUCUUUCAGCUGCUAGCAAUCACUGGUCGCUGAUGUUCUUCAUUCUCGCACUUGGGACCGGACUUUCGUAUUUCAUCCUCGGACAUUCAUCCAACGUAAUCUCAACCAAAAUCUCAUGCACAUAUCGCCAGCAGUACUUUGAGUGUAUCUUGGAGAAGCCCAUUCCAUUCUUCGAUGACGAGGAUAAUUCUAGUGGUACUCUGACAGCCAGGGUGUCGAAUGACCCAACGCAGCUACAACAAAUGCUUGGAAUGAACAUGGCUAUGGUCGUCGUUGCAGUCCUCGGUCUUUCAGGCUGCAUUAUUAUUGCAUUUGUAUUCGGUUGGAAGCUGAGCUUACUCGCUGUGUUCGUGACUAUGCCAAUUAUGUUGGGCACAGGCUACUUUCGCAUCCGAUACGAGAUUCAAUUCGAGGCUAUGAACCAAGCUGUGUUUGCGGAGAGCUCAAAAUUUGCUGCAGAAAGCAUCGGUGCUUUCAGAACAGUGCUGAGCUUGACUAUGGAGGAUAUGAUCUGCAAUCGGUACGAUGUGCUCUUGCAGGGACAUGUGAAAAAGGCUUUCCAUAAGGCAAAAUGGACAACCACAGUCUUCUCUUUCAGCGACAGCUUGCAGUUGCUGUGUAUGGCUCUUGCUUUCUGGUACGGAGGACAGCUGUUAGCCAAGCAGGAAUAUACUCCCGUUCAGUUCUUCGUCAUCUAUAUGGCAGUAGUGCAAGGAGCAGAGAGUGCCGGUACAUUGCUCAGCUUUGGACCAAACAUGGCACAGGCUGGCGCUGCAGCAAACCGUAUCUUGAGUUUCAGGGUCAAAGAUGAUGUAUCGUCCAAGGACUUACAGCAACUUGAAGACACUGAUGGAGGCGUCAAGAUUGAAUUGAAAGAUCUCUGGUUCAAGUAUCCAACUCGAGAUAUUCCCAUCUUCACGGGCCUUAACUUGACGAUCGAAAAAGGCCAAUUCGCUGCUCUUGUAGGUCCCUCGGGCUGCGGUAAGACUUCCAUCGUCUCCCUUCUCGAGCGCUUCUACGAUGUCCAACGAGGCAAGAUCCUCGUGAACGGAACAGACAUCACCUCGCUCAACGUCCAAGAUUACCGCAAAUGCAUGUCCCUCGUAGCCCAAGAACCAACACUCUUCCAAGGCACGAUCAAAGAAAACAUCCUCCUCGGCGUCUCAGAAUCCACACCCACCGAAACCCUCUACGCGGCGUGCCGCGACGCCGAGAUCCACGAUUUCAUCAUGUCCCUCCCCGACGGCUAUCACACCGACGUCGGCAACCGCGGCGUCAACCUAUCCGGUGGACAGAAACAGCGGAUUGCGAUCGCGAGGGCGUUGAUUAGGGAUCCGAAAAUCCUGUUGCUGGACGAGGCGACGAGUAGUUUGGAUAGCGAGAGCGAGAAGUUGGUUCAAGCGGCAUUUGAGAGGGCCGCGAGUGGCAGGACGAUGGUUGUUGUUGCGCAUCGGCUGGCGACGGUGCAGAAUGCGGAUGUUAUUUUCGUGCUAGGGGAGGGAGGUGUUUUGGAGACGGGGAAUCAUGCGCAGUUGUUGAAGAAGAGGGGCGUUUAUUAUCAGAUGUGCCAAUCUCAGGCUCUUGAUAGAUAGAGGUGUUGUGGAUUUUGGUUUUCUGAAAAGGGUCGAGUAUUGAUGACAGGCCGUCUAUUCUACUCUGUUUCUUGUUGUACUUUGUAAUCGGGCGAAUAGAUCAAUUGCCACUUUUGGAUCGGACCUUGGUGUCUUGAUCUCCUCUCUACAAUGUAAUUUUGAUAUUGAUUUGGGUUGGUGAAGUGAAUGUUUGGGCUUUUGCUAGUCUUGAUGAUUCGAUCAUGUGGGUUGAGAAUUGCUAAAUUAUGCCUAUGCUUUCAGCGCUUUUCAAUCGUUUGGGUCGGACAGCAUUUAGAGUUUUUGAGGUGGGCAUGUUAAUGUCAGGAAUUACUUCAGUGUCUAUUUGUCUCUCAAAGUAUUAGUGAAUUAUAGCGAUUCAGUACGUUUCAAUGUAUGGCCCUCAGAGAUCACUUUUUUG